AUGAACUACAUCUUUGGGAACAACACGCUGUACCCGCGCAGUGGCCGGGGUGGCUCUGGAGGCACGGGGCCGGGCGUGAAGCCAAAGAUGGGGCCAAAACGUGGGUCUUCGGAGGAGCUGGGGAACCCUCCACACUACUCGUCUCCGUCCACGUCCUCGCCGGCGUCCUCCAUCCCAUCCACGUCCUCCGCGUCGCGUUGGCAACAGCUGCUCACCUUCUUCUCUCGGAGGAGCGCCUUCACGGACUGCAUCAACGCCAGCCAGGUGAGGGCAGCCAUGUUGGGAAGUCCAAACACCGACAGGCAGGCAGGUGUGGGCAGCCAUGUUGGAAAGUCCAAACAAUGA